AUGGAGCUCGGGUGCCCUGAGUUGCUGGAGCCCCCAGAAGAUAUCUUCUCGACAGGAUCCUUCCUGGAGCUGGGAUUCAACGGUCCCCCGUCAAAGGUUCUGGUGACCAGGGGUCUUCAAAAGAGUGAAUCUGACGACUUCCUGAACCUCUUUAUCGAUCCCAAUAUGAUAUACUGCUCAGAAACUUCUGGUAGUGACAGUGGGGUCUCUGAAGAUCCUGGCUCCCCCGCCCCACAGGCAACCAGUUCCCCUGCCCUCUAUGAAGUUGUCUAUGAGGCAGGGGCCCUACAGGGAACUCAGCGGGAAGCUGGGCCAACCUUUGGACUCAUCUCCAUCCAGAUAGAUCAGUGGAGCCCUGCAUUCAUGGUACCUGAUGCCAGCACAGUCAGUGGACUGCCCUCUGACACUCAUAGACAUAUCCUGCCCAGAGUCAGUACCAUAGCCCCAGCACCUCCUGCAGCCCUGCUGUCCUGCCAACGUCUGUUCCUGACAGAUGAAGAAAAGCAUCUGCUGGGGCAAGAAGGGGUUACUCUGCCCUCUCACCUGCCCCUCACCAAGGCAGAGGAGAGAAUACUCAAGAAGAUCAGGAGGAAAAUCCGCAACAAGCAAUCAGCUCAGGACAGCCGGCGGCGGAAGAAAGAAUACAUAGACGGGCUGGAGAACAGAGUGGCAGCCUGUUCUGAGCAGAAUCAGAAACUACAGAGAAAGGUCCAGGAGCUGGAGAGGCAGAACAUCUCCUUGGUGGCACAGGUCCACCAGUUACAGAAGCUCACUGCUCAGACCUCCAGCAGAGCUGCCCAGACCAGCACCUGUGUUCUGAUUCUUCUUUUUUCGCUGGCUCUCAUCAUCCUGCCCAGCUUCAGCCCCUUUCAGGGUCAACCAGAAGCUAGGCCUGAGGGUUAUCAGCUUCAUGGAGUGAUUUCCAGAAAUAUCUUGACUCACGAGGACAUGACAGAAAGCUUGGAGAGCCCAGUGCUAAAGUCCAAACUGGAGGAGCUGCCUGAAGUCCCAACUGCAAAUGGUUCAACAAAGACACAUCUGAAGAUGCGCGUGAAGGCCAGACCCACUGGGCAGAUCAGGGGAAUGGUGCAUGCAGAUGAGAUGUAA